AUGAGACUUCUCAUCCUGACCUGCCUGGUGAUCUGCAGUCUCGCUGCAUACACUGUGGAAGGUGUGGGGAGUGAAGUUCUAGAAAAGAGCAUCUGUGUGAGUCUGACUACAAAGCGACUGCCAAUUAAAAACAUCAAGACCUACAUCAUCAAGGAGGGUUUCAUGAAAGCAGUGAUACUCAUUACCAGACGAGGAUUUAAAAUCUGUGCUGAUCCUAAAGCUGACUGGGUGAAAGAAGCCAUCCAAACGAUAGACAGGAAAAAUAUGAGCCAGACCAAGCCUACAGGAUCCCAGAAAUCCACCAGUACAGCUGUGACCCUGACUGGGUAG